UUCAAAGACAGAUAGUAGUAGAAGUGUUUAAGCUAUCCCACCGAGGACCUGCGGGGGGCAGCAGUGCACCUAAGAAGUCUACUUCCGCCGGCCACCGGAAGAAGAAGAAGAAGAAGAAGAAGAGAGGCAAGAUGGCGUUGCUAUGGAGGACGAGGCCAGUUGCGCUGCUGUCCUGCCCGCUCAGAACCUUCUGCUCCGCGACUUCAGGCAGCCAGCAGGCCGACAAGGACAAGCCAAAGUCGGGCUUCGCCGCCGCCUUCAGCUCGCCGUCGAAGGCUCCAGAGGUCAGCUUCGCCGCGCUGCUGCGUGCCAGCCCGCUGAUGCAGAUGGGAGAUGCCCGGGACAAGAUGGCGGUGGGCACGGUCUACCACGUGGUCGGCGACCACCUCUACGUGGACUUUGGCGCCAAAAUGCACUGCGUGUGUCGGCGGCCCGCACACGCACGCGCACACAGUCUGACGCGCGGCAGCACUGUCCGCCUGAGGCUGCACGACCUGGAAGUGACGUCACGCUUCCUGGGCGGGACCACAGACACUACCUUGUUGGAGGCGCAGGCCGUCAUCAUCUCCCCUAAGGACGCGGGAGACCCCUCCCUCGACCGUGACGUCACUCAGUAGACUGCCGUCUGCACCGUGACGUCACCCUGUAGACUGCGUCUGGACAGUAUGAAACCUCAUUAAAGUACACUUUUUCUGUUAUUUAGUGUGUGAAACCUCAUUAAAGUACACUUUUUGUAUUAUUUAGUGUGUGAAACCUCAUUAAAGUAUACUUUUUGUGUUA